AUGCGUUUCUCUGCUGCCCUCUUCGUCGGCGUCUUCGCUGCCUUCGCCUCGGCCCAGUCCACCACCACGGGCACCACCACCGCUGUGUCCAGUGCCGGUGCUGCUCAGUCCUCGGUUCAGGCUACUAUCACCAAGUGCUUGGACGCCUGCUCCGCCGACGACGUCAGCUGCCGUGCCAAGUGCAUUGCUGUCCCUGAUCCCAACGCCUCCCAGGCCAAUGCCACCAACAACUGCGUGGCUGACUGCCCCAAGGGCAACGGCACCGCCUCGGACAAUCUGAAGUACGCCGACUGUGUCGCCGCCUGCAUUGGUGCCAACUAUUACACGUCUACCGGCACUCCGGAGCAGACCAACGCCGCCGCUGGCUCUGGCGCUGCUGCCACCGGCACUGCCACCACCACUGGUACUGCUGGCGCCAAGACUGGCUCCAGCCCCGACAAGACUGCUGCUUCUGGUUCUGGCUCUGCCACGGGCACCGCCACCGGCUCCACUGCUUCUGCAACCUCGUCCAAGAACGGCGGCGAGGCCAUGCGUGUCACGACGUCCGCCUUUGGUCUCAUGGGCCUUGUUGCCGCACUGAUUGCCCUGUAA